AUGAAAUUGCCAGAAUGGUUUGAUGAGAAACUAUUCAAUAGAGGUCGAAAAUUUUACUGGCAAUAUUGCUUUGGCUUAGCAGGUGUAUUGUCGCCUGGUAUCAUUGCGGUGUUUGCUGUACCCACUAUACUUGAAGUUCUGGUCGGUUCACGGAGGUCCAGUUCCAAGUACACUGCGUUCAAGCGCUACAUGUCCACAUCCUUGCAUCAUUCGUCGUGGUUUAGAUACGAACUUAAGCCUGGCACUUUAUCAUGGAAGUCCCUCUACACUGUACGUUCUCGUCACCUGACGGCUGGACGCGCGGCUCGUCUGAAGAAGCAGGGGACUAUAUCUCAACGUGAUCUCGCUCUGACGCAGUUCGGCUUUAUCGGCUUCGUUGUGCUUAAACCAGAUAAUUUUGGUGUGAGACAACUAGAAGAUGGUGACUGGGACGCAUAUAACUAUUUCUGGAGGGUUAUAGGCUACAUGAUUGGAUUAGAGGACAGGUACAACUUAUGUCGAAGGAACAUGGACGAAACCCGAAAAGUAUGCCAAAUUAUCUUGGACCACGUCUUCACACCAUGUCUCGAAAACGUGCCCGAGUACUUUGAGCACAUGUCACGGGUGAUGAUUGACGGUAUGUGGGCCGUGAACCCGGCAAUGGAGACAGGCAGCCUGUUAUACUCUACUAAGAAUUUAGCUAAUGUUCCUGGUUACGUUUGGACGGAAUCGGAGAGAGUGGCGCUUCAAGCGCGUUUGAGGAAGCAGCUUAAUGGAAAACAUGACAACAUUGGCGUGGAGUCGACUUCACUGAUAUUGAAAUCAAGCGUGGAGGGUCUACCGGAGCGUCCUCCACGGCUGCUGUUCGUCAAAGACUACGACACAAUAGAAUCAGCACCGGAGUACAAGAAGCUAUCCCUAGCUUCUAAAUACAAACUGUCCCUGACCUCCCUGAUGAUAGCCUUUUACACCACAUCUAUAGGUCGUUGGUUGUUAAAUUUCUAUUACAUCAUGAUCUUAUACAUGAUUCAGUAUUUCCCAUACGUAGCAUUUUUCAUAUACGGGAUAAAGGAUUCCUACACAAAUAUUUUCACAGAGGACCCUGUAGACGAUACGCCACCCAAACCUAACUCUGAGUAUUACAAGCCUCAGCCGCCAGAGCCCUGGUACAAAGCCCUUCUGUCUUUCUGGUGA